AGUCGAUUGACAAUCCAAGAUCGCAACUUACUUAUUCCUGAGCGACAAGACGAAUUGCGAUUUGCAAUUGAGAUAAUACACAUUAGGCUCUACGCACUUACUUGGAUCGAAUUGGUGGUGAGGGGAACAUCCGCGGAUAACACUCGCGCAAGCCGCAGCCAUGACGAGCAUCGAUGAGCUUUUCAAGAAACCUUCAUCCGCGGCGAGUUCAAAGCGCAAGUUUUACGCCACGAGAGACCCAAAUGAGCUCUACAAAACGGCGAAGCUUGAUGCGGGUGGGGAUGUCAAGUCAAAGGGGAAAGCACCUAUGGUAGAAGAAGAAGGCGACGACGCAGAGGACGACUAUGCCGGCCCAGAAUUACCCCCUGAUUUCGAAAACGAAGAUGUUCCGGAUGACGAAGAAGGUCGCUUUUUCGGCGGUGGGAUGGAGCGUCAGACCGCUCAGGCAAUGCAGUACAUUGACCAACAUGAGGAGGAAGAGGCAGCGCUGGAGAAAUUUGACCUUGCCUGGGUGCGACGAUUUGCACUGAAUUUCGAAAAGAAGAUAUCCAAGAAUGCUGAGCUUCGCGGGAAAUAUGAAAGUGAUCCUCAAAAGUUCAUGGCUUCAGAGGCAGAUCUCGAUACUGAGAUCAAGGGCUUAUCAAUCCUGUCCGAACACCCCGAGCUCUACGAUGAAUUCUCGAAGCUAGGCUGUGUUGGCUCGCUCGUAUCCUUACUCUCCCAUGAAAACGCCGACAUCGCUAUAGAUGCCAUUCAGAUAAUCGGGGAAUUGACAGACGAAGACGUGGAAGCUGAGCAGGAGCAAUGGGACACACUCGUCAACGCUAUGCUGGAUUCCGAUCUUGUCGAACUACUGGCACAAAAUUUGUCUAGGCUGGAUGAAGAAUCCGAGGUUGACAGAGCAGGGGUAUACUACAUAUUGAAUGUUCUUGAGAACCUGGCUUCGCAAGCGUCAAUCGCAGAGAAAAUAGGGCAGGACCCCAACGUCCUACCUUGGCUCAUAUCUCGCAUCCAAAAAAAGGAGAGACCCGUGAGUCAGAAUCAGCAGUACUCGGCUGAAGUUUUGGCCAUAUUAUUACAGUCCACGACCACGAAUCGCGAUAGGUUCGUGAGCUUGGAUGGUGUUGAAGUUCUUCUUCAAUUGCUCAGCCAGUAUCGCAAACGUGAUCCCGAGAAAGAUUCCGACGAAGAGGAAUUUGUUGAGAAUCUGUUCGAUUGCUUGACCUGCGUAGUCGAUGAGGAGUCUGGCAAGGAGAAGUUUUUGCAAAGUGAAGGGAUUGAACUCGCCCAGAUCAUGCUGAAAGAAGGGAAAUUCAGCAAACAAAGAGCUUUACGCGUCAUAGAUCAUGCUCUUGGUGGUGCAGGUGGUGUAACUGCAUGCGAGAGGUUUGUUGAAGCAGCAUGUUUGAGUACAGUGUUUGGGAUGUUCAAGCGUAAGCAGGAGAACCAGACGGUCGAACAUUUACUGGGCAUCUUUGCUUCCCUUCUGCGUCUGCUACCGGGAGGCUCCGCAUCGCGUAUACGUACGCUUGCCAAAUUCAUGGAGAAGGAUUAUGAAAAGAUUGAGAAACUCGUCAAGUUGCGACGGGAAUAUGCUUCACGAGUAUCACCUGUUGAGCAAGCCAUUGAGAAGGAACGGAAAAACUUCACUGCAGAGGAGCAGGAAGUCAUGGCAGGCGACUGGCUAUCACGACGAUUUGAUGCUGGGUUGUUUUCGCUUCAGCUCAUUGACGUGAUUCUGGCUUGGCUUGUUGCUGAAGAUGAUGGAGCCAAAAGGAAGAUUGUGUCUCUUCUCGCAGACCGAGAUGAGGAUUUAUCUUUGAUCAAGGCAACCUUGCAAGAGCAAGUAGAGGGUCUCUCGGAAGAUGAUCCGGGGCAGAGGGAUCACAAAGAGAUGCUGGAGACGCUCCUCCAGUUCCUCUGAUGGGAUUCCGAAGUUGAAUAUGUGUAAAACUAGCAAAUUGCGUGC